GGUUUUAUCCCGCUGCUUCAUCCCUACCGCCGAGGAGGAAGCAAAAGCAAACGAGCGCGGAUAAAAAGAGAGCGCAAACCCGAAAGGCGUAGGGUGGGGGGGAAACAUUGCGUCGAGCAGCUGAAGGAUACGACCACCGAUGGCGCUUCUGCGGCCGGUUUCGCCUCUCCAUCUCCGCGUCCUCUUCGUCCACCGCCUCUUCUCCUCUUUCUCCGCCGCCCGCACUCGCCCCCCUCCCCCUCUCUCCUUCUCGCCCUUCCCCCCUUUUCGCCCCCGCCCUCGCCUGCUUUUUACUCCGAGGACUUUGGCUGUCCAAGCUCCGAGGAUCGAGUUGGGGGUGAGGGCUUUCAAGUCGUCGAGCGUGGCUUCCGAGAAGCUUCAGGAGAAAGCUAACCAAACCUACGGUUCCGAGCAGAUUCAGGUUUUGGAAGGCCUUGAUCCUGUCAGGAAGAGACCUGGAAUGUACAUCGGGAGCACAGGACCCCGUGGUUUACAUCAUCUGGUGUAUGAAAUAUUGGACAACUCCAUUGAUGAAGCGCAAGCAGGAUAUGCAACAAAGAUAGACGUAAUUUUGCACGAAGAUAAUUCUGUGAGCAUUACUGAUAAUGGAAGAGGGAUUCCUACGGACAUACAUCCUGUCACAAAAAAAUCCUCUUUGGAGACUGUUUUGACGGUCUUGCAUGCAGGAGGCAAAUUUGGUGGUUCAAGCAGUGGAUACAGUGUCUCUGGGGGGCUACAUGGUGUUGGUUUAUCUGUUGUCAAUGCCUUAUCUGAGGCACUAGAAAUAACAGUAUGGCGUGAUGGAAAGGAAUACCGGCAAAAUUAUUCACGUGGAAAGCCAGUGACAACUCUGACAUGCAAAUCAUUGCCAGUUGAAGUUACUCAGAAGGGAACAUGCAUAAGGUUUUGGCCCGAUAGAGAUGUGUUCACUACUUCCAUCAUUUAUGACUUUAACACAAUUGCUGGACGAGUUCGGGAGCUUGCUUUCUUGAAUCCUGAGCUUACUAUUGCUUUGAAAAAGGAGGGUGACUCAAAAGAACAAUACAAUGAGUAUUGCUACGCGGGUGGCUUGAUUGAGUAUGUUAAAUGGUUAAAUACUGAUAAGAAACCAAUUCAUGACACUGUUGCUUUCAGAAAAGAAACAGAUGGAGUCACAGUUGAUGUAGCCCUUCAAUGGUGUUCUGAUUCAUAUUCGGAGACAAUGCUUGGAUAUGCUAACAGCAUCCGCACAAUUGAUGGUGGCACCCAUAUAGAUGGGAUGAAAGCUUCAUUAACGAGAACUAUCAACAACCUGGGGAAAAAGUCCAAAGCUAUGAAGGAUAAGGAUAUUAGCUUAAGUGGAGAGCAUGUAAGGGAAGGAUUAACAUGCAUUAUUUCUGUAAAGGUUCCAAAUCCAGAAUUUGAAGGACAAACAAAGACAAGGUUAGGGAACCCUGAAGUACGAAAAGUUGUUGAACAAUGUGUUCAAGAGCAUCUUACCGAGUACCUGGAGUUACAUCCGGACGUGUUUGAGUCAAUUCUUUCUAAAGCUCUCAAUGCUCUGAAGGCUGCCAUGGCAGCAAAGCGCGCUAGAGAAUUGGUGAGAUCAAAAAGUGUGCUGAAAUCUUCUUCCCUUCCUGGAAAAUUAGCUGAUUGUUCAUCUACAAAUCCUGAAGAAUGUGAGAUCUUUAUAGUGGAAGGUGAUUCAGCAGGUGGCAGUGCCAAGCAAGGUCGUGAUAGGAGAUUCCAGGCUGUUUUGCCUUUGAGGGGUAAAAUACUGAACAUUGAAAGAAGGGAUGAAGCAGCUAUGUACAAGAAUGAAGAAAUUCAAAAUCUCAUUCUUGGCCUUGGUCUUGGUGUAAAGGGGGAGGAUUUUAGGAAAGAUGCCCUUCGAUAUCAUAAGAUCAUCAUUCUCACUGAUGCUGAUGUGGAUGGUGCUCAUAUAAGAACCCUUCUGCUAACAUUUUUCUUUAGAUACCAGAAAGCACUCUUCGAUGAAGGUUGCAUCUAUGUUGGUGUUCCUCCGCUUUAUAAGGUUGAGCGUGGAAAACAUAUACACUACUGUUAUGAUGACACAGAGCUCAAGCGCCUCACAAAAACCUUCCCUACGAAUUCUUCAUACAAUAUCCAAAGAUUCAAAGGAUUAGGGGAGAUGAUGCCAUUACAACUCUGGGAAACUACACUUGACCCAGAGAGAAGGCUACUGAAGCAGCUAGUAGUGGAAGAUGCUGCGGAAGCUAGUGUUGUGUUCUCUUCACUUAUGGGCACUCGUGUUGAUGUUAGGAAGGAAUUGAUACAGAACUCUGCAAAUAUGAUCAACCUGGAACACCUCGAUAUCUGAGGAUGACUCAGUAACAUGUCUGACAACUCUGUAACUAACUGGCCGUAUGCCUUGCCCAACUAUUUUGGUCCAUUCGUGUUCCAUUCCUUUGGUUGGCUUAAUUGGUGUUUUUGUAGGGAAAGGAGCAAAUGGAGAUUGUUGGCUACUUAAUAGAAUUAAGACUGGUUUGGGCUUCAAGUGCAGAUUGGACAAGUACGUGUCUGACAGAGUCCGAUAAUAUUACUUUUACCUUUUGCUGCCAAGACUUUGAAGAAGCCUUUUGCCAUUUACCCUCCUCUAUUUGUCUUAUGUAUUAUCAUGGAUAGUUUUUGAACAAUGUUGUACUUUUCCCUUAUUUCAAGAUCUGCCUUUUUGUUUCUUUCUAUCACAUAGGCAGUUAUUAGUUCAGUUGGUCUUAGUAUAUAUUUACUUCAAGAGAUCUUCCACACCAGCAGGAAAGCAUACUGUUCAGGUUCUGCUGCGUUGAUCAGAUAUAGUGUUUUAGCUAUAUCAAGAGGUGAUCAUCUGACAGGUUCAUGGCCAUACUACGUC